GGAAGCUCACGCUGCGCCGCGGCGGCUGCUCAGCUCCCCGGCGCGUCCAGCCCCGCUGAGCCAGGCACGCCAUCCCGGACCCCGCGUCCAUCCCCACGAGGACAGUGACCCCCACCACUCCACCCGCCUCUCCGUCCGCUUCCUGCCACUUUGCCAGCCCCAGGAGAAAGCUGAGCCUGCCUGCGUCCCGGCCCCACAGCCCUCCUGCCUCCUGCGCACCAUGGAAGCUCCAGAACAGCAGCCGGACCCCGAUGGAAGGGACGCCCUGGGCCACGAGCCUGGGGGCAGCCCCCAGGAAGAGCUGGACUUCUCCAUGCUCUUCAGCUAUGACUAUGUGAACCCUCCUGAAGAGGAACCGAAUGCACAUAAGGUCGCCAGCCCACACUCCGGACUUGCGUACUCUGAUGAUGGCCUGGACUAUGGCCUCAAGCCCUACAGCCCCCUCGCCAGUUUCUCUGGCGAGCCCCCCGGCCGAUUCGGAGAGCCGGAUAGGGUAGGGCCGCAGAACUUUCUGAGCCCGGUCAAGCCAGCGGGGGCCUCGGGCCUGAGCCCUCGGAUCGAGAUCACUCCGUCCCACGAACUGAUGCAGGCAGGGGGGCUCCGCGUGAGAGACACUGGCCUCCUGGGGGAGCAGGCGCCCCUGGCGGGGGUGGCCGCCAGCCCGAGGUUCACGCUGCCCGUGCCCGGCUUCGAGGGCUACCGCGAGCCGCUUUGCUUGAGCCCCGCUAGCAGCGGCUCCUCUGCCAGCUUCAUUUCCGACACCUUCUCUCCCUACACCUCGCCCUGCGUCUCGCCCAAUAACGGCGGGCCCGACGACCUGUGCCCCCAGUUUCAAAACAUCCCUGCUCAUUAUUCCCCCAGAACCUCGCCAAUAAUGUCACCUCGAACCAGCCUCGCUGAGGACAGCUGCCUGGGCCGCCACUCGCCCGUGCCCCGUCCGGCCUCCCGCUCCUCGUCGCCUGGUGCCAAGCGGAGGCACUCGUGCGCCGAGGCCUUGGCCGCUCCGCUGCCCGGAGCCUCGCCCCAGCACUCCCGCAGCCCCUCGCCGCAGCCCCCGGACGACGGCCCCCCCCCUGGCUACCCCCCAACGGCCGGCUCUGCCGUCCUCAUGGACGCCCUGAACAGCCUCGCCCCGGACUCGCCCUGUGGCGUCCCCCCCAAGAUGUGGAAGACCAGCCCGGACCCGUCGCCGGUGUCCGCCGCCCCACCCAAGGCCGGCCUGCCCCGUCACAUCUACCCGGCCAUGGAGUUCCUGGGGCCCUGCGAGCAGGAGGAGCGGAGGAACUCGGCCCCCGAGUCUAUCUUGUUGAUGCCGCCCACGUGGCCCAAGCAGCUGGUGCCGGCCAUUCCCAUCUGCAGUAUCCCGGUGACCGCAUCCCUCCCGCCGCUGGAGUGGCCGCUCUCCCACCAGUCGGGCUCCUAUGAGCUGCGGAUUGAGGUGCAGCCCAAGCCACAUCACCGGGCCCACUAUGAGACGGAAGGUAGCCGAGGCGCCGUCAAAGCUCCAACCGGCGGCCACCCCGUGGUUCAGCUCCACGGCUACAUGGAAAACAAGUCCCUGGGGCUGCAGAUCUUCAUCGGGACAGCCGAUGAGCGGAUCCUUAAACCUCACGCCUUCUACCAGGUGCACCGGAUCACGGGAAAAACCGUCACCACCACCAGCUAUGAGAAGAUUGUGGGCAACACCAAAGUCCUGGAGAUCCCGCUGGAGCCAAAAAACAACAUGAGGGCGACCAUCGACUGCGCAGGCAUCCUGAAGCUGAGGAAUGCGGACAUUGAGCUGCGCAAAGGCGAGACGGACAUUGGCAGAAAGAACACACGGGUCAGGCUGGUUUUCCGGGUGCACAUUCCAGAGUCCAGUGGAAGGAUCAUCUCCUUGCAGACUGCAUCGAACCCCAUCGAGUGCUCCCAGCGAUCCGCCCACGAGCUGCCCAUGGUGGAAAGACAAGACAUCGACAGCUGCCUGGUCUACGGGGGACAGCAGAUGAUCCUCACAGGACAGAACUUCACGGCCGAGUCCAAGGUCGUGUUCACGGAGAAGACCACAGAUGGGCAGCAGAUUUGGGAGAUGGAAGCCACGGUGGACAAGGACAAGAGCCAGCCUAACAUGCUUUUCGUUGAGAUCCCUGAGUAUCGGAACAAGCACAUCCGCACAUCGGUGAAGGUGAACUUCUACGUCAUCAAUGGGAAAAGGAAACGAAGUCAGCCUCAGCACUUUACCUACCACCCAGUCCCAGCCAUCAAGACGGAGCCCACAGAUGAAUAUGACCCCACCUUGAUCUGCAGUCCCGCCCACGGGGGCCUGGGGAGCCAGCCUUACUACCCACAGCACCCCAGGGUGGCUGAGUCCCCCUCCUGCCUCGUGGCCACCAUGGCUCCCUGCCAGCAAUUCCGCUCAGGGCUCUCGUCCCCUGACGCCCGCUACCAGCAGCAGAACCCAGCGGCUGUCCUGUACCAGCGGAGCAAGAGCCUGAGCCCCAGCCUGCUGGGCUAUCAGCAGCCGGCCCUCAUGACAACCCCCCUGUCCCUCACGGAUGCCCACCGCUCCGUGCUGGUGCACGCCGGCUCCCAGAGCCAAGGCUCGGCCCUGCUCCACUCCUCUCCAGCCAACCAGCAGGCCUCGCCGGUGAUCCACUACUCACCUACCAACCAGCAGCUGCGCUGCGGGAGCCACCAGGAGUUCCAGCACAUCAUGUACUGCGAGAAUUUCGCGCCCGGCACCGCCAGGCCCGGCCCGCCCCCCGUCAGUCAAGGUCAGAGGCUGAGCCCGGGGUCCUACCCCACGGUCAUUCAACAGCAAAAUGCCACAAGCCAAAGAGCCGCCAAAAACGGACCCCCGGUCAGUGACCAAAAGGAAGUAUUACCCGCAGGAGUGACAAUUAAACAGGAGCAGAACUUGGAUCAGACCUACUUGGAUGACGAGCUGAUAGACACACACCUUAGCUGGAUACAAAACAUAUUAUGAAACAGAAUGACUGUGAUCUUUGAUCCGAGAAAUCAAAGUUAAAGUUAACGAAAUUAUCAGGAAGGAAUUUUCAGGACCUCCCACCAGAAAUCAGACGUAGAAGAAGCCAUCAGCAGGACACCUUCCAAACUUGUCCCCAUGGAGCCUCCCGCUGCCCUCACCUGUUGUCCCGACUGCACCUGUCCCGGCCCGGAGUCCGCACGUGGGCCGCGUUCCGGCAGAGCGCGCUGACCCUGCGUUCCGGAGCUCGCCACCUCGCUCUGGAAACACCAGUGAGGACACUCUGCCUUUUGAUUUUUGUGUUUGUUUUGUUUUAAAUCCCAAAGAGCAUCUCCGUUGACUUUAACGGUGUCCCACCCAAACCUUAAGUGCCUGCUGACCAAACCCACAUUCUGAGCAAGACAGCGUGCUGGACGGCAUCCGAGAGCUGGGUGACUGGAGCUCGGGCCGGGUGGGGGGCAGAAGUCGCAGCCCCAGGUUCAUUUUCCCAGCUCCGGCACCUUUUGAAGGAAAGGAGUUCCCAAACCGAGCAAGCAAAGGGACCCAAGAGUCCAGCUUACAGGCUGAAGAAACACAGAGAAGCCCGACCGCCAUCUUUAGGGAUCACCUGUUCACGCCGCGGUGGGGCCGCGGCUAACGCAUGUUUUUUAAAUGCGCAUUCUGGC